AUGCCGACACAUUUGCGAUUCCGGAGAAGGUCAUUCCUUGGGCUUUUAUUCCUUUUCUCGUUCUCAACCACGACACUGUAUGUCAUCUACUCUGCACCUGGCAUCGUGAACGAGUACUUUUUCAUGGUCCAAGCCAGAGGGAUCCGCAUCAGAGAAAAUGUGAAGAAUAUCGGUGCUCAGGUCCUGGAGCAGGUGGUUAGAGGUGCUUACAGCAAUGGCACAGAUUACUCAUAUGACUUCAACAUGAGUGAGAGUGAUGCUCCUCCCACUGCAUAUCUUCCUGGGGGUUUUACGUAUCUCCCCUCACAAGUUUGCCCUGAGAAGCUGCCUUCAAUGAAGGGUAGGUUGGAGGUGAAUAUGAGUGAAGUUUCACUAGAGGAUGUGGAGAGAUCUCUGCUGCAGGACGAGUCUUUUAUGGCCCCAGGAGGCCACUGGAAGCCCAAAGACUGUUUACCUCGCUGGAAGGUGGCAAUCUUAGUACCGUUCCGGAACCGACAUGAGCACCUGCCUAUCCUCCUGAGACAUCUGGUGCCAGUGCUUCAGAAACAAAGGCUUCAGUUUGGCUUUUAUGUCAUAGAGCAGGCUGGCACCGAGACGUUUAACCGAGCGAUGUUGUUCAAUGUGGGCUACAAGGAGGCCAUGAAGGAUAUGGAUUGGGACUGUCUUGUCUUCCAUGACGUCGACCACCUCGUGGAGAAUGACAGGAACUACUACGGCUGCACGGACAUGCCCAGACACUUUGCGGUCAAACUUGACAAGUACUCAUACAUGCUUCCGUAUAAUGAGUUCUUUGGUGGUGUCAGUGGCCUGAAAGUGGGACAGUUCGAUAAGAUUAAUGGAUUUCCUAAUGCGUUCUGGGGCUGGGGAGGAGAAGAUGAUGACCUUUGGAACAGGGUGCUGUAUGCAAAUUACACCGUGAGCAGACCACAUGGAGAACUGGGCCGCUACAUGUCUAUUCCACACCAUCAUCGCGGAGAGGUCCAGUUCCUGGGAAGGUAUCGUCUUCUCCGCCAUUCAAAGGAGCGGCAGAAGGUUGAUGGUCUGAACAACUUAAACUACUCCCCACUUGUGUCCAAGAGGCCUCUUUACACCAACGUCACAGUCAACUUGAGCAGAAGUCUUGCACCUGUAGCCGACUACUGA